CCUAUUCAAGUAUACAACCAAGAAGAGUAAUCCUAUCUUAGUCAUGUCUAUAAACAAUCUAUCGAGAAGAAAAUGGAUACAAUAUUCAGGAAUAGCAUUAUUAUCAUUCCUCAUCCAAAAGAAGGUUGUUGCUUCUCAUCCCACUGAAAUAGAAUAUAUUUCUCCAAAGCAGGCAUAUGAGAGACUCAAUUCUAGUAAACUAGUGGACGUAAGAAGUAGUGAAGAAUAUAAAAGUCAACAUAUCGAGGGCUCUAUUUCUAUUCCUUUGUCAACCAAUGAGUUUGUGGCUUCAUUUCAAAAGCAGUUUCCUUUCAAUACUCAUCUGAUAAUAGUUUGUCAAACGGGUAUGCGUUCUUCUAAAGCUGCACAACAACUCAUACAAUCUGGUUAUUCCCAUGUCUCUGUGAUUCGUGGUGGACUCAAUGAAUGGAAUAGACAAGGACUAUUCCUAACUAGUUCAUAGUUUUUGGUUAUCAUAUGUUGAUAAGAAGAAUGUUGAAUAUUUCUGAACAUUGUUUUAAUAAAUAUCAAUAGUAUUGUUUCUUAUGUGAAAUCAG